CUAAAAUAUUACCUGGAUUUAAGUUAACAAUAUUCCUCCUCAAAUUAUAUCUUCAUCUUGUCCUUUUUAGUAUCGCAAGUUCACGAUUUAUGUCACGUGAUCUACUACAGUAACGUCGAUUUGUUUAAAGAUGGCGGCGCCCAUUCACACUAAAAUAUUAGUAUAAAACGCUCAAAAAUGAGCGAUAGUCUUCAUAAACCUGGUCUGUACAAAUGGAAGAGACAAACUGACCCAAAAGUUUACUCAAGAUCUCAGAAAGUGACUACGAAUAAUGACAUACAGGACUGGAUUAAGAAAGUUGAGGAUGCUUCUAAUCAGGCAGCAGAUGCUGUCUUUGGGGACAAAAAGAAAAGAAUAACAGCUUUGAGAAAUGUUGAUCAACUGAGAGAACAUGAUGAUUCUCAUUCUGAGGCUCAGGAACUACUUUCACAAUGGGUGAAUGAUAAGAUCAGAUUGGACAAUGAUAUGGAUGAAUUUGAUGAUGAACCAUGGAAUAAAAGAUCAUUAGAAGUCAAAAAGGAAUGGGACCACCUCGUAGACUAUACUAAUGAGGAGUAUGGAAUGAAUUACUACAGGAAACAAUACAAGGACGAAGAAGAUCCAUAUGCCUUCUUGGCAGACAUGGAUGAAGAUCGAGCAGUCGACACAGUACUUGAUCAGAUGUUGCAGAAAAAAGUGGUAGCUGACAGAGUUGUCAAUGAUCUGGGCUUUGAUGAUAAUAGCAAAUACAAAGAUCCAAGACUUAAAAUGGAGUUAAGACAUAAACAGGUAAAAGAAAAGAGAGAAAAACAUGAAGAACAAUUAAACAGAAAACGACGAGAACAACAGGCUAAAAAAGAUGCACAUCUGAAAGCCAAACAAAUGAUAUUAAAGGAGGAUCAAGAUAAGCUGACUAAACAGAAAAAGGAGGAAAUGCUAAUUAGGAAAGAAAUGGCCAGAAUUAGGAAACAAAUGCAGGAAGAAAGAAGAAAUGUGGAGGAUUUAAGAAAGAGGGAAGAUAAGAAACAGGAAGAGCUGAGUUCUUAUGCUGUUAAGUUGGUUGACCAAGAAGAAGAAGACAGAAGAAGAAAAUAUGUAGAACAGGAAAAGAAAACUGAAGUAAAGCAGAGAAUUUUGCUUGAGAGAUUGAAUGAGCUGAAGAAAAGACAAGAAGCAAAUGAUCUUAGGACACUACAGAGGCAUUUCUCUGCCUGGUACAACCUAGUUUUAGAGAAGAGACUACUAAUGGGUAAGGCCAGAGCUAUGGCUGAUUGGAAGUUGUUAUUCAGAGCAUGGAAUGCAUGGAAAUCCUUUGUCAGGUCCAAGAAAAUUGACAUAGAGACCAAACAGCAUGAGGUGGAUGUCAUAAAAACACAGAGGAAAAUACAGCUAGCAGACAGUCACAGUAAACAAACUUUACUUAGAAAAUAUUUUGCUGCUUGGCAGCUGUGGGUCAAACAGGAAGUUGAACGAAAAGAAUUAGAACAUGCUCAAAGUAAUACCAAAAGUAAGAUGGCUGCUUUAUUAGAAGCUGCAGCAAAUGGUAAAUUAUGGACCGGAAAUGACACAGAUAGAACCAGUUCUACAGUAGAAACCACAAAGUCAAGUAGAAUCCAGUCAGCAAGGACUGGCAGGAAACCAGUUACUCCAUCAACAUCAGAAAUUGACUCCUUUUUUGAUCAACCUGCAAAACGUCCACAGUCCUCAAAAAGUGACACUUCAGUGAACAUAUCAGAAGCAGCCAAACAGAAACGAGAUAAUAGAAUUCCUACUCAACCAUGGCAGAUAACAAGGAAACAUUUGAAUCUAACCAAUGAGGAGAUGGCUAACAUGGGAGAUUCAGAAGAUCACAUUGAACAGUCAGAUCUUAAAGUCAGAAAGAGGUUUGGAACACAGCCAUGGAUGAACACUAAAUAUAUUACAAAUAAUUUUGAAAACAGACACCAGGCUCAACAAAAAAUUUUGCAAGAGCAGCAAAAACAAUUGAAAGAACAACAGAGAAUAAUAGAGGAAUUGCAGUUUGGUCAGAAUCAAAGUAAACUGCACGACCAACUUGAAAAACAGCAAGCAAUACUUGAACAUUUAGCUAAAAAUAUUACACCAAGAACAGGGGAUUCUGUUCCUAAAGGACAGACUUCUACAUCUGAGGUUCCUCGGCAACAGUCUAAUGCAAAUUCACAGUCAACUAACAAACAAUCAAAUAUAAGUAAACAGAACAAUAGUGCUAUUGUUAAUAGUUUAAAGAAUGAACAGACAAAUAAGAAGCAAAAUACUAAAACAUCAAAUGUUGCUAUGGAUACAUCAAGAACAACUAGUACAGCUGUAACUGCAAGGACAGAUAGUACGACCAAAUCCAAUACUAAGUACCUGCAAACUUUAAAAAAUAUGGAUGAACGUGCUGCUGAAAGAACCAGGUUAAAAGCUGAGAGGGACGAAAAAAGAAGACAGGCAGAAGAGGAAAAAUUAAAACAAUUAGAGGCAGAAGAAGAGUUAAGGAGAAAGGAGUUAGAGGAAGACAAACGUGCCAGAGCUGAGGCUUAUAGAGAAAAGAAAAAAUUAGACAAACAGAAAGAAAUGGAAAAACAACAACGAGACGAAAAAGUCAGACAAUUAAAUGUUAAAGCAGAUGAACAUUAUAUCCGGUCUAUAAUGAAAUAUCGUGGACUUGUACCAUUUAAAAAAUUAGCUGACAUGGCAAAGAAAAAUGAAUUUACAGCUAUAGCUCACCAUAAGUCACUUAUUAAAAGACAUGUAUUUAGUGCUUGGUAUGAUUAUGUACAGUAUAUCAAGGCACAGAAAGAAAAACUGGCAGACAACAUGUAUAAAUACUUAAUUGUCAAACGCUCAUUUAACAACUGGAGAAAUUUUAAACAUCAUACAAUAAUACUGGAAGGCAGAGCUAGACGAUAUUAUGAAAGAAAUUUGAAAAAUAAGAUAUUUUCUGUUUGGAGUGACUGGGCAUGUCAAGAAGUUCUAGAUUUUAUAAAUAAAGAUCAGAAAGCAAGGGAAUACUAUAUUUGGAAAUUGAAGCAGAAGUCUUUUGAUGCAAUAAGAACAUUCCCAGAAGAAGAGAAAAAAGAAAAAGAACGAGUGAAAAGAAUAUCUGAAAUGAGACAAAAGGUGGCAGCACUGUUACCAGAUUUUUCUGCAUCAUCUCUUAAAGAAUCAAAUGAUAUUUUAUGAAUGGAUUAAUGAUACAAUUUAGUAAUUAUUUAUAUUAUUUAAUACAUACUUAAUAAAAAAAUGUCUUUUUUUUUUAAUAUGCAUUAGUAAAAUCUAGCUAUCUAACA